UGCGGUGGGUGCCCGUCCGAGAUAACGGAGAGCUGAUUCUCAUCCAUUCUGGUUACUGCAAUGAAUGGUAACACUAUCCAUCCAGCCAACACCACUUCAGCAGGAGGAGGUCCAAGUGUAGCAGUGCCCCCAAGAGGCUGGAGGGAGUUCUGCGAGCUGCAUGCCAUUGCCACAGCUCGACAGCUGGCUGGACAUUACCGGAGCUUUGCCAGAGAGCAUCCGCAACAUGACGUGGUCCCACCAGAGGCCUUUUCCAAGCACUUCACUGACCUUUUCCAGCACCACUUUGGCUAUGAAGUCGACAAAGAUGGGACUCCACUCAGCCAGAGCACUGCUGCUCCUGUUAGUGCCUCCUCCACAUCUUCACUGGCCUCCCCUCUUCCACCGCACACUGUGAACAGCCGAUUGCGGAUCUCAUCUUUGUCAGGGGCACAGGACUAUAGGGAGGCGGGCAGGCCAAGUGGAGGGGCUGCUCCAAUCUCCGUGGCACCAAAGGUGGAGUCAGUGGUGAGCCGGGAGCGGGAGCAGCCACUGAGAUGCGCUGCAAGAAACUCCUUUUCGGAAUCUCUCAGUAUUGGCAGUAGGUCGUUGUUGAUUCACAGCCAUAGCAAUGAUGAAAUCUCCAGCGCUGAUCGUCACCAGGUGUCUGAGCGGUACUCCUCCGAGUCCUUGGCCUCCAGCCCUGGACUCAGUGACGUCACACAUUUCUCUGUCAGCCAAAUCCAGCAGACAGUAAGACGGCUUUUUCAAAAACGAACUUACUCUAGCCCCCGCUCGUCCCAGGACCUGUCCCCCAGCAACCCCACCACCACCAACAGCAAUCUUCCAAACAAUGGUCACAGAGUGGGUGGAAUUUUCUCCGCCAGCGAGGAAGGGUCAUCCUCAUCCUCUUCCUCACAUUCAUCCUCUUUUGUGAUCUCUGAAGCCACGCCCACAGCUGCUUCAAAUCGGCCUGGCGUGGUCUCUCACCUCCUCGAUGGUUUCCGGUGGUUUCGCAGCAGAAGCAUGAGGCAGAGGAGGCCAGAGGGGAGUGGCUGCUGUAAAGAGGGCCAACUCAAGUACUUGCUGGUAGAUGACACUAUCUUGGACUCUCAGCCCCACUGGCAACGCUGCCGCCUGCUGGUCAGGAGGAUCAGAGAUACUCAGAGUGGAGGAGGGAGCGAGAGGUACCAGUUGGAGCUCUACGAUCCUCCAAAGGCAUCCAAUCCUAAACUCACAACUCCGUGCUCAGAUAUCCAAGAAGUCCGUCGCUGCAACCAACUGGAAAUGCCCGACAACUUAAACACGUUUGUUUUAAAGGUUAAUCGAGGUAGUUUGAUAUUUGAGACAGACAAUGACCAGCAGGUCUGCUCCUGGACCACAGAGCUGAAAGAAUGUGUCAGCAACAGGUCAGGCAGCGCGGAUGUGGAGUCCCCCCUCACGCCGGUGGACAGCUCCGUUCCAGCCAAUCAGAGGAGCUCAGAGUCAGGAAGUCAAAGUCCUGUCAACUUCACGCUCCCAGAGCAGGUCCCACAGAAGAGCGACCACUUCCUGUUUUCCUACCCUUGGUUUCACGGGCCCAUUUCACGUGUCAAGGCAGCCCACCUGGUUCAGAGCUCCGGGGCCGAAGGGCACGGCGUGUUUCUGGUCCGGCAGAGUGAGACGCGAAGGGGGGAUUACGUGCUCACGUUUAACUACCAGGGAAAGGCAAAGCACCUGCGCCUCUCUCUGACUGAAUGGGGUCAGUGCAGGGUGCAGCACCUGCGCUUCCCCUCCGUCAUGGACAUGCUCGGCCAUUUCCGCCUCUUCCCCAUCCCGCUGGAGUGCGGAGCAGCCGGCGCCGUUACGCUGUCCAGCUUCGUAGUGGCAGGCUCCAGCCCCCCAUCACAAGGUCAGCUCUCGGGCGCUCUCCUCGCCCCCUUCUCCCUCCACCGGUGGAGCUCGGAGCCCAGCUUGGCUCACUGCAGCCUGGCUCGCAGCUCCACUCAGCCGCCCCCGUUCUGCUCCACCUCCAGCAGCACCACCACCUCCUCCACCUCCAGUCCCAGCGCCCACUUGGCUCGGACCGUCCCCGCACCUGAACCCACUCCGUCAGUGCCCCUUCCCUUGAGGCGGAGCGAGUCGGUGGGCCGAAGGCCUCUGCUCCGUACCCCCCACGCUCCCAUCAUCCCUCAGCGGGAUUCAGACUACGAGCUGGAGCCCGACCGCAGCCGCAAGCGGGCCAUAGACAACCAGUACAUGUUGCUCUGAUGCUCUGGGUCCAACACCUCGGUCACUAACACACGAUCAGGGAGACGGGAUGAUUAACAGACUGAUGAACUCGAGGGAAGUCUUUGAAUAAAACCACACGAGCACGUGUGCCAGACCCUCGCCACCUCCAGUGUCCA